UAACUUGAUUCGUAUUUUGUAUAGGACAUCCUCAAGAAGCUAAGGACCUCUUCAUCCAUACCAACGUCCAAACUUUUAACUUGAACUACAAGUUAAUUAAUCUCAAACGACAAGAAAUAUCUUCUCAUCAUUUUCGUCUUCCUCUAUCAUAUUCAUAUUAUAUAUAAUCAAAAUAAUGUUAACAAUUCUCAUCAAACAAUCAAAUUACCAAAACAAACCCAUCAAUUCUUAUACCAAAAAACGACAUAAAUUUGUGCUUAACAAAAUGGAGCUUCCUUCUUAUAGUAAAACGACAGAGAAUAUUGUGUUCUUUGACUUAGAAACGACAGUACCCAGAAGAGCCGGUCAACGGUUCUGGGUACUAGAAUUCGGGGCAAUUGUGGUUUGCCCUCGAAAGCUAGUGGAGUUGGAGAGCUUCAGUACGGUGAUCAGGCCUGGAGAUUUGUCUGUCGUGUCGUUGAAGUCUUCUCGGUGUGAUGGGAUUACUCGUGAGAAGGUAUCCAAAGCGCCGUCGUUUGAGGAAGUUGCUGAUAAGAUAUUUGAGGUUUUGGAUGGCAGAAUAUGGGCAGGGCAUAACAUACGAAGAUUUGAUUGUGUUAGGAUUAAGGAGGCCUUUGCUGAUAUUGGUAGGCCUUCUCCUAAACCUGUUGGUAUGAUUGAUUCUUUGCCAGUUUUGACUCACAAGUUUGGCAGAAGAGCCGGUAAUAUGAAGAUGGCAACAUUGGCUGAUUAUUUCGGGCUUGGGCAGCAAAAGCACAGAAGCCUUGAUGAUGUUCGGAUGAAUCUUGAAGUUCUGAAGCACUGUGCAACUGUUCUUUUUCUGGAGGCAAGCCUCCCAAGCGUAUUGAAUAAUGGAAGCUGGCGUAUGGAGUGUAGUAGUCCUAUAAUGACAAGAAGUAGAAGCCAUGGAAAAUUCUUGUCCCAAGAACGAGAACGAGAAGAACCAAUAAGUCGAAAAUCUCCCCCAACUUCUUAUAGUAAUAUUGGAUAUCAACGACCUGUUCCUUACACAAGGGCAAGUUUGGGAAAGAUGACAGAGAGAGUAAAAAAUCUGGUGCUAUGUAAGGGCAAUGGAAAUCAGCCUUUAAUCAGCCAAUUACUAAGGCAUUCUCAUUCGCUGCUCCGCUAGCUGAUCACAAAUUAAAUCUACACAGUACAGAAAGAGACAGAGAGUAAUGAAUCGCCCGACCACGUCGAUUUUUGCUGCCUCAUCACAACUCCUAUAAUUUAAUGUAUUUAUUAAUGAGUAUUCUUUCUUCAGUUAAUGCAUGUAUAGUACAGAUAUGUUUAGAUUAUUAAUAUAGAUCGAUAUAUAUUUUUUUUUAUUGUUGAUUUUAUAUCAUUAAAUACUAGUCCCUCAUUCAUUUAUUAAAUUGGCAGAAGGAAAAAAAGAAUCGGUAUCAUGAAAAAUAAUAUUACCUCACAUUCUUCAGCU